AUGGAAGGCAUAGUGACCAACGGCUCAGCCGACGGCCCUCCCGCGCCUCCUCCGGACUUCAUGGAGCGCCCACCAACUCCCCCUCCGCCUCCUCCUGAGGACUUGGGUGCUCCGCCGCCACCUCCAGAUGCUGGGGUCCCUCCUCCUCCGCCAGAAGAUGCGCCACCCGCGCCCCCUACCGAAGUCAAGAAGAAGAAGCUGGGAUGGGGAGCGAAGAAGCCAGCUGCAGCUCCACUGAGUGUGGAGGAUCUUAUCAAGAAGAAGAAGGAUGCAGACGCCGCAGCAGCAAAGCCGAAAUUCUUGUCCAAAGCACAACGUGAGAAACUCGCACUAGAGAAACGAGCUAAAGAGGUGGAAGCUGAACGACAAGCUAAGGCGUCCUCCAACGGUGCCAAUCGCAAUGGGGUUUUAUCCGAGUCGCGGCCAGUGAGACGAGUAGAACCGGAACCUGAUCGCCGAGAUCCAGCUGGACGAGUCCCUACCGGACCGCGUGCCAUGCGCGGCGACAUCCCGACAGGACCAGCUGCGUCGCGAAAUGGACAACCAUCACGGAAUCGCGACAUGGACCCGCCGCCCCAUCCAAAGUCCAAGAACGCAAGAGGAGAGAAGCGGGCAACAGAGGAAGACGAGGCUGCGGCACAAGCAGCACUUCUGAAGCAACGAUACAUGGGAACGGAACAGACCUCGAACUUCUCGGCAAAGAAGAAGCGCAAGCGCACUACGGACCGGAAAUUCAACUUCGAAUGGAAUACCGAGGAAGACACUAGCGGCGACUAUAAUCCACUAUACCAGAGCCGACAUGAGGCAAACUUCUUUGGCCGCGGUCGACUGGCAGGAUUCGGAGAGGACGUUGCGGAUAACAUGGCGCGCAAGUAUGCGCAAGCACUGGAAAACCAGGAUCAUGAGUCGGGUAGCAUGCGCGCCAAGGAAAUCUUGGAGAUGGAGCGUCGUCGCCGUGAAGAGAGCACACGGAAUCAGCUUGAUAAGCACUGGAGCGAGAAGCGGUUGGAGCACAUGCGUGAGCGUGACUGGCGUAUCUUCAAGGAAGAUUUCAACAUUGCCACCAAGGGUGGUAGCGUGCCUAAUCCUAUGCGAUCAUGGGAAGAGAGCCAGCUGCCGAAGCGUUUGCUGGAGCUCAUCGAUCGCGUUGGCUACAAGGAGCCCACUCCGAUUCAGCGUGCCGCUAUUCCAAUCGCUCUUCAAUCGCGCGAUCUCAUUGGUGUUGCUGUGACUGGUUCCGGUAAAACAGCUUCAUUCCUGCUGCCACUGCUUGUAUACAUCUCAGAGCUUCCACGGCUGGACGAGUUUGAAUGGCGCAAGAACGACGGACCAUAUGCGAUUGUUCUAGCGCCUACUCGUGAAUUGGCCCAGCAGAUCGAGAUUGAGGCUAAGAAGUUCACACAACCACUCGGCUUCAACGUCGUCAGUAUUGUCGGUGGUCACUCGCUAGAGGAGCAAGCGUUCAGUCUGCGCGAUGGUGCAGAGAUUAUCAUCGCCACUCCCGGGCGUCUCGUCGAUUGUAUCGAGCGCCGAAUGCUCGUUCUCAGUCAAUGUAGCUACGUGAUUAUGGAUGAAGCCGAUCGUAUGAUCGAUCUUGGUUUUGAAGAACCCGUCAACAAGAUUCUCGACGCUCUCCCAGCGACAAACGAAAAACCUGACACAGAGGAGGCCGAAAACCCAAGUGCCAUGCGCCAACAUCUCGGCGGACGAGACCGAUACCGCCAAACAAUGAUGUACACAGCCACCAUGCCCGUGGCCGUUGAGCGCAUUGCGCGAAAAUACCUCCGUCGUCCAGCUAUCAUUACAAUCGGCGGUGUCGGCGAAGCGGUGGACACAGUCGAGCAGCGCGUCGAAAUGAUUUCCGGCGAAGACAAGCGGAAGAAGCGACUCGCCGAGAUUCUCUCCUCAGGCGACUUCCGUCCCCCGAUCAUCGUAUUCGUCAACAUCAAGCGGAACUGCGAUGCCAUCGCCCGCGAAAUCAAACAAAUGGGUUUCUCGUCUGUUACCUUGCAUGGUUCCAAGACUCAAGAGCAGCGUGAAGCCGCUCUGGCGUCUGUUCGGAGCGGUACUACUGAUGUCCUGGUCGCCACUGACCUCGCUGGUAGAGGUAUUGAUGUGCCAGACGUCUCGCUUGUCGUCAACUUCAACAUGGCUACCUCCAUCGAGAGCUACACCCAUCGUAUCGGUCGUACCGGUCGUGCUGGUAAGAGUGGUGUUGCUAUUACAUUCUUGGGUAGUGAGGAUUCCGAUGUCAUGUACGAUCUCAAGCAAAUGCUCAUCAAAUCGCCCAUCUCUCGUGUGCCUGAGGAAUUGAGGAAGCAUGAGGCGGCACAGUCUAAACCGACGCGUGGUCAGGGCAAGAAGAUCGAAGAUAGUUCCGGGUUUGGAGGAAAGGGUGGAUGGGCGUAA